UUUACGAGGAGUGCAUGGAUGUAUGCUCAGCUCAGCGGAACAUAUCGCAAGCUCACGAUGGACAUCAUUCUUUUUCUUUUUGGUUGCUGUGUGUGGCAGCAAUUGGUCACCGGGAAAGAUUUGGGCACUCCCCGUGGCUAUUCGCACCGUGUCGGAGACUGUGUUGGUAAUUACGACAUCAGUAAGAUCACCGAGACAACGGUAGCAGAGUGUGCGAAGACGUGCAGCCUUGUUGGCCACUGCAAGUCGUUCAUUUACAACAGUAGGGGGAGCUACUGUUGGCUAAAGGACAAUGAGUGCCCGCAGUUGACAUCGGAAGGAACGACCAAUUUUCAUUUCUACACCAAGACAGGUUUGACGGGUCCGAGCCGGGCCCCAACUGUCGAAGGUGCGAACAUCGCCUUAGGAAAGCCAACUCUCCAAUUCGACAGGGCGUUCUAUGGCGAUGCCUCCCGUGCAGUAGAUGGGAACAAAGAUCAGCAGUUCAUAUCAGAUAGCUGCACCCAUACCUCAGGUCGUUCGGACACAAGCACGAAUAACUGGUGGGCAGUUGACCUUGAGACGAAAAGAGAUGUCAGAACGGUUGUCUUAUAUAACCGUGCGGACUGUUGUGGCGAGCGGUUGGCUAAUUUCGACAUCGUUGUGACAAACCAAGAACCCACUCCUGGCCAGAAGCUUCAGUACACACAGAGCGAGGUGUGUGCUCACCAGGGCCCUCCAGUCCAACAAGGAGGAACAGCCACAUUCACAUGCACGAACCGAAUCGGACGAUAUGUGGCUGUCGUCCAACCAAGCAAGCUUCCACUGACCCUCUGCGAAGUUGAAGUCUUUGAUCAUGCUAUUACGCAAACGGGUGUGACCCCAACGCCAGGUAUGCCAGGGCCUCCGGGAACAACGCCGACUAAAGAAAAGGACUGUAAAGAUAGUCACAAUAGUUGUGACAACUGGGCGAAAAUUGGCGAAUGCCAAAAGAACCCAAACUGGAUGCUUGUGAAUUGUCAAAAAUCGUGCAAUUCAUGUACAACAGGACCUAAGGCAACCACGGUGAGGCCUAGGCCUACACCUGGUGUUGUAGUAAAUGCUGGACCUACCAUGCGUGUCGGUGUGUUUGUAACACCAGAUGCAUUGAGAGUGUGGCAAACCACGAAACAGGGGUCAUUCGCGACGUUCAAGAGCUCCAUGCAGGGAACUGCCCAAACCGAGAUCAGCGGUGUGUUCCGGACCAGCGAAGGCUUCCCUUGGAAUGUAGAUGUGAACUUCGUCUCCGUCGAAAUGGCGUCUCAGCGGCAGGUGAACCAGUGGAUGUCUGCGAUGCGUAGAACCGGGAACCCUUCCGAAAUGGCAAGUGACUUCUGUAAAUACGUUAACGGUGUAAAGGGCAGCCGUUAUGACAUCGGUAUGCUCAUUAUCAGCAAAGCGGAACGGGACAACAAUGGUCUACCCCCGGGUGCAUCGGCCAGCAUCGGCACCAUCUGUAAACCACCAGAACAGAACGUGAACUGCCUGUUCGUGUAUGCUCAAACGGAGACCUGGAGAGAAGUUCCUCUCUGGCAUAUGCUCUUGGCCCAUGAGCUGGGACAUCUUUUGGGCGGCUGGCAUCCACGACAAACCUAUUGCGAGGACAUCAUGGCAAAUCCAAAUAUAAAGUCUCCUAAUGGCAAACCAUGGGGUCCUUGCAGCACAAAGGAAAUCAGAAAGGUGCAAAGCACUGGCGGCCUGAGGUGCCUUGGUCUGUAGGCCGUCGUAUCGGCUGACCCAUUGAGUAUCUGCCGGACUCUCCCGCCGAUUCGAUUUGGAUCGACAUGUAUUGUUCACUCAACAUUGGUAUACUCAGUUCUUC